UUUUUGGACCACAAGUAUUUUAUUAUCGAAAUUGCCUGUACAUGGAGAGGUUACAGUUUUCCAUUCCAAUUAAUCCAAAUGCAAAAUAUCUCCCCAAUUCAAUCUCGAAUGUUUUGUAUAGCAUUCAGAAACUUGAUCAAAGCACUCUUGCUUGGCCAACCAACCAACGAAAGAAGGACGUCUGUAAGGGAAAAAGGGUUCGAUCGCCUCCGGAAGUUCCUUUAGCCGGAUCUGCAUCCUGUAUGAUCCCAAAGAAAAAAUGCUGUGCGUUAAGUUGUAACUCAAAGGCGGCGAAGAAAAAUACCUUCUAUCAAAUUCUUCAUGCCAGUCAAGAUCAGCCGCAUUUUGAAGAUAGUUCCAGAUAUAAAUAUAAAAAUAAUGAUGCCCAAUUUAAACGUGAUUCCAAAAACGACAGCAUUUACAAUGACAUAUACGAUAUUGUAAGGACGCACAUUAAAAGCAAAAGGCAACCCCAAUACGAAAAGUCCCCAGACCGACAGAUUUCACUUACUAAGCAACCUCCUAUGUUGGAAGUCUAUAAAAUUCGUCCGGUCCCAACUGAAAACAGGCAGAUUAAGAGCAAACAUCUGAAGUCAACUGAUAGAUCACCACCGAAAUCAUCUAAAGUCAAUUAUCCAAUAAUAUAUAUCAAUAAACUUCGAGAAAGAACCAAUGAGCUUUCGAAUUCCAAAGGCCGUCAGUCUAAACCGGAGUCAUCUACAUCCAAAACAUCCAAGAAAGAGUCCUUAAAAUUUCCAACAAGAGGCAACAAGCAAAAUGAAAAUUUAAAAGAAGAAGCCCAUAGGUCAACGCAAAAGUUAAGAUCAAAAUCGCUUACUACCAAACAUACUUUCAAUGAUAUAUUACAAGGCCGAGAGAGAAUCGCACAGACAAGAUCCUAAUAAAGAUGUCCUAAAGGUUCGAGAGUUGAGGUCAAAGCAGCUUACUACCAAACAUCCUAUCCAUCACGCAAAGACU